GAUUUAGGAAAUCUUCUUGCCUUACCAAUGAAGAAAGUCACGAAAGAAACAGGACUACUAGCUGAAGCAAAGAGCUGGGUAGCUGGAAGAAUAGCGAACAAUCUGCUAGCUUCUCGGCUUGGCCCUCAGGAUAGCGAUGAUGAAGAGGAGCAUGAAGAAGAGGAAUUGCAAAGAGCCAAGCAAGAGGAGGCACCACAUGUGAUGGUAUGCGAUAUUUUUCCUCUUGCCUCUUACAGCUCCUCUCAUCAUAAUGUCAAUCUCAAUCGCUAUCAUUUCCGCUAUGGUCAACGAAUGCUCAAUGUGGUACGAACAUUGGAGAAAAUGAAACCGCAGAAGGACGAUUUUCGAUCGCUGAUGUUCUCAAAAUUCCUACAAAACAAUCGUCUAACUCGAAUCGUAGACGAUAUACCACCGCCUCCUGCAAAGAAAAUGGCAACAACCUGUUGCCAGACUGAUGAGGCUCCUAGGCAUAGGAAACUGUACUCGCGGCAUCUCCGAGGUCGGGUGUUCAUUGUUUUAAUAUAUUUAGCCUUAGACCAAAAUAUCUGCUUCAGAGCUAUCGUCAUCAUCUCAUUCGACGUCUCCAAGCAGAUCGUUGCAUUACGACGAUGA